AUGGGCAUCGGCGGCCUGCUACCCUUCGUGAAGCCGGCAUGCAAAGAGGGUCACAUCAGCGAGAUUGCCGGCAAAUCGGUGGCCAUCGACGCGAGUUGCCUACUCCACCGCGGGCUUUUCGGCUGCAUGGACAAAGUGGCGACCGGCGUUGACACCAAUUUCUUCAUCUACUACGUGCGCGGCUUUAUUGAGGAGCUGCUGAAGCAGAAGUGCCACGUGGUGAUGGUGUUCGACGGGCGACGACUGCCGGCCAAGCGGGAGGUCAACGAUCAACGCCGCGAGCAACGGGAACGAUAUUUGGCUCAAGGCCACGCGCUGAUGAAGGAGGGCAAGCAGGAUGAGGCCAGUGAAAACUUCAAACGCGCCACGCAUAUCACGAAGGAGAUGGUGGACGAUUGUAUUCGGUCGUUCCGAAAAAUGCGCAACGUGGACGUGGUCGUGUCGCCGUACGAGUCGGACGCGCAGCUCGCGUUCCUUUCGCUUGAGGGCAUUGUGGAUUACGUCAUCACACAAGACUCGGAUCUGAUCGUCUUUGGGUGCCAUAAGAUAAUCUUCAAGUGGACGCACGCGGCGGCGGGAAGUUGCGUCUUCUACGAUCGCUCGAAACUGGAAAACUGCUUCCAAACCAACUUCAAAUUCACCUUCGAGAAGUUUCGCCGCCUUUGUAUACUCUCUGGAUGUGAUUAUUUGCAGGCCGGUCUCCCCGGCGUCGGGUUGUCAAAGGCGCAAGUGUGCUUGGCGAAGACGGGCAACGCCGAAUUGCGACAGAUGCUGCGCCGGGUCCCGUUCACGCUGCGAAUGCCGAAGCUGCGCGUCACCAACGAGUUCAUCGAGGAUUUUAUACAAGCCGAGAACACGUUCUUGCAUCAGGUUGUGUUCGACCCGCGAGCCCGAAAGCAGCGCCCCCUGACGCCGUAUCCGGAAUCUGAGAAGGAGAACAUCGACCCCCUCACCGGGAGAUUGCCGUCGUUCGAAUACGCCGGAGUGAUUCUGCCCCCGGAAUUCGCCGUCCAGCUGGCGCUCGGCAAUUCGCAGCGAGACGACGGGAGCUUUGAGGAAAACUUUGAGUUGACGCCAAAGAUCCCCGCCUGGUCGAUUUGGUCGCCCGAGUACGAAGCGCAGGCCCAGCUGUUUGACGACGGCAUUUCGCUGGAGAAGUCCGUUCACGAGCCCUCGACGCCAGGCUCCUCCAAACAUGCGCUCAACGUUUCCGUCACUUCCACCGAAAGCUGCUCGACGUCGGUGAUUCGCGUCGCGACGAAACGCGUGGCUCAGCGCGUCAAAAACGAGCCGCCCGGCGAUUGGUGCGUGCAGGACAUGCUGAGGAUGUACUCGCAGCCGGCCAGGAUCAAUUCGGUGAAGAGCGACCUGUCGCGCGAUGGCCACCUCACCGUCCGCUAC